UUUGUGAAACUAAUUUUGUCACAAACUUUAAGUUCUCAUAAUCAACAGGGCCUGCUGUGGCCUCUGCUGUGUCUUAAGGAAUCUCUUUGCCUCUUUUAGUGCCAGUUCUACACUUUUAAUUAUUGUAGCUAAUGAGUUUUUCUUGACUUCUUGCCAUUAUGUGUCUGCAAUGAUAGCCCUAAUCUCUCUGGCCAGGUCAUCUGGCUAAUGGGAAAGGAAUCAGAUAUUGGCUCUUUCCAAAGCCUUAGGAUUUUACAGUCUCAGUUUCCGUGUCUGCAAAUUGGGAAUAAUGACUCUUUCUAGUGUUGUUGGGAGGUUUACAUAAGAUGAUCUUCCUGCAGCACCUGCAGCACUUGGAGCAUCGAUGGCGCUCAGUCAAAGUUUGUUUUAUUUUUUGUUUAUAACACCAGCACACCUCUAAGCAGGUAAGCUUUUUCUGUUGCCAUGGUUCCAUUAAGACUAUUUUGAAACUCACUUUGGAUAUACAGAGUUUGGGCUGUUGAACUUGUUUUUUGUUUUUCUAGAAUUCUGAGCCCCUUUUUUCUUCUCUAAUAUAGAAGGGUGGGGUUAACUCUGUCAUCUUUGUACCACCACUUUCCAAAUUUGCCCUGUGACAGCCAGUGGUAAGGAGAGGUGUGUGGUGGGUGGGUGCUGUGCUCUCCUUUGCAGGCUUCUCUCUCUCUCUUCAUUUGCUAUCUUGCCCUGAAAUGGUGUGUCCUUUGUCCCCACUGGUCUCCUGGACAGCAAGGGUUGUAUCUUCCAUGGCUUCCAUAAGGAAUAUAUUUAGGGAAGGAUAAAAGUUUAACUAAAUUGUUCUUAACCAGAAGCUUAGGCAUUAUAAACUGGCAACUAGCAGACUGAAGUCCACCCUUGGACAGAUUUAGAGUGGUCCACACACAGUGUUUUUAGAAGUUUUGAAUUUGUCGGCAAGGUUUAAACAUAUGGACUUCACAUAAACAUCCAGAUUGCCAGCUUCUCUUGACACAUGGGAAGACGGAGCUGUGCCAAGCCAUGAAAUUACCUCCUGCGGACCCCUUGCUCCUGCUGUGCCUGCUGGGGCUAAGGUCCUCUGAGCUGGCUGUGAGAGGUGAAGGUUUGCUGCCAUGGCUGCCUGCCGGUGGGAAAGCAGCACAUGAGACCCAGAAAGCCUUCAUCGAAAAUCUGAAAUGCUUCCCCUUUUUUGGACUAAGUAGUUAGAGCUUUUUUGAUAUUUAGAAGAGGAAAAAGAAAAAAGGAAAUCAAAAGAUAGCCAGAAAGCUCAUGUUUCUAGAAACUUAGGUGUGGGCCAAGGGUGGAAGCAUAUACAUAAAAAAUCAAGACAGCUUUUAUAACAGAUGCUGAUGUACCCAGUAAAUAUAAAAAUAAAGGACAGUUCGUGUUUGGUUAAAGAGAGACAGUGGACAGUAUUGGCCAAGCAUAUACCAUGCAAUGCCUUCUCCAUGUUCAUGCAUGUCUUUUAACCCGGAAACAAGAAGACUGUCCAUAGGUCUAGACAAUGGUACAAUCUCAGAGUUUAUAUUGUCAGAAGAUUAUAACAAGAUGACUUCUGUGAAAAACUAUCAAGCGCAUCAGAGCAGAGUGACGAUGAUCCUGUUUGUCCUGGAGCUGGAGUGGGUGCUGAGCACAGGACAGGACAAGCAAUUUGCCUGGCACUGCUCUGAGAGUGGGCAGCGCCUGGGAGGUUAUCGUACCAGUGCCGUGGCCUCAGGCCUGCAAUUUGAUGUUGAAACCCGGCAUGUGUUUAUUGGUGACCACUCAGGCCAAGUAACAAUCCUCAAACUGGAGCAAGAAAACUGCACCCUGGUCACAACAUUCAGAGGACACACAGGUGGGGUGACCGCUCUCUGUUGGGACCCAGUCCAGCGGGUGUUGUUCUCAGGCAGUUCAGAUCACUCUGUCAUCAUGUGGGACAUCGGUGGGAGAAAAGGAACAGCCAUCGAACUCCAAGGACACAACGACAAAGUCCAGGCCCUCUCCUAUGCGCAGCACACGCGACAGCUGAUCUCCUGUGGCGGUGAUGGUGGGAUUGUCGUCUGGAACAUGGACGUGGAGAGGCAGGAGACCCCUGAAUGGUUGGACAGUGAUUCCUGCCAAAAGUGUGAUCAGCCUUUCUUCUGGAACUUCAAGCAAAUGUGGGACAGUAAGAAAAUUGGUCUAAGACAGCACCACUGCCGCAAGUGUGGGAAGGCUGUCUGCGGCAAAUGCAGCUCCAAGCGCUCCUCCAUCCCCCUGAUGGGCUUCGAGUUUGAAGUGAGGGUCUGUGACAGCUGCCACGAGGCCAUCACAGAUGAAGAACGUGCACCCACAGCCACCUUCCAUGACAGUAAACAUAACAUUGUGCAUGUGCAUUUCGAUGCAACCAGAGGAUGGUUACUGACUUCUGGAACUGACAAGGUUAUUAAGUUGUGGGAUAUGACCCCAGUCGUGUCUUGAUGACUCUCCCAGGAAUCAGAAAGAUAGUAUUUACUAAAGAAAUGGUUGUUUUAAUCCAAGUCAUUACCAGAGUGGUAAAGCAGACAUGUGAGAAGUAAGAAAGAAACUAAAGACCCUGGAUGAAUUUGCAGAUGACCCAUGCGCACAGUGGGGACCCGGCGAGUGAGAACUUGCAAGGGGACUCUUCCAACUUGUUCAUACAAUAUAAAAGAAGCUAUUUUUUUAACAAAUGGUUUAUACAGUCUGGCUGUGCUGCAUUGUUUUGAGUAUACCGAAAAAUCUGUGUGGGGUGUUUAAUUUUAUACUUUCCACACCCCAUUUUAUGUGUUGCUUUGUGUGUCAGAGAAAUAAGGGAAGUAUCCACUCAGAGUAUUUUGGUCAUUAUAGUUUCUGUAUUUUCUUUACUUCAACAUGUGUCACAUGGCCAGCGGCUUUUUGUUCUCUCCCCUCUGCACCUACCUGCACCUCUCUGCCUUUCCUGAAGGGGAUGUAUUUACAUUAUUUAUUCCCAGUGUUUCUGCUUUCAUGUCCUCCUCAGUGGAGAGAUUCGGAAACUCAUCAUGUGGAUUCACCAGCCAGCUGCUGGAAUCGCCUGAAGAGCGAUUUGUUUGUAAUGUCUGCCUCAUUCACGUUCUUAUUGAGUAGAAAAGACUGUGUUUCUGCCUCAGUUGCCUCUGUAUUUCCCGCAUUUAAAAAAAAAAAAAAAAUGCUGUGAGAAAGCUGCUCCCAACCAUGGUUAUCACAGAAGUAGAUUAUUUUAACUCAGAGCUUCAACGAUUAGUGCCUGAUCAUUUAGAAUUCAGUUGGAGCCUCCCGAGCCUCAUGUUUUAGCUUUUUUGACACAGCUCUCCCUCACUCAUAACAAUGAAAACAAACGACACACACACACAAAAUCCUACAUCAGUGGUCCUCAACCUUGUUGGCAGCAGGGACCGGUUUCAAAAUGAAACUGUUCCACCUCAGAUCAGCAGGCACUAGCCUCUCACAAGGAGCAUGCAACCUAGAUCCCUCGCAUGCGCCGUUCACAAUACGGUUCGUGCUCCUAUGAGAAUCUAACGCCACCGCUGAUCUGAUGGGAGGCGGAGCCCAGGCAGUAGUGCUUGCUUGCCUGCUGCUCACUUCUGAUGGGUGCCCCCCAUUCCUCACAGGCCAUGGAUGGGUACCCACCUGCAGCCCGGGGUUGGGGAGCCCCACCAUACAUGCUCUGAAAAUAAGUGUCUUUAAAUCGUGUGUUUCUGUGUGACAUCAUCUCUGAACUUGAACAUGUUCAUUACGGCAGGAUUGUAAUCCUGCUGUAUUCCUCACCCUCUGUAUUCUAUCCCUUUAAAAACUAGAUAUUUAAACAUUUUAUCUUAAUGUGUUUCAUCAGAACACUUUGCACACUUUCUUACUAAAACGGUAUGUGGUUGAUCCGAGACAGAAUGGUACCUACAGUGCAGGCUGUGUUCCUAUGGGAAUGGAAAAGAGGACUUUAGAAAGCGAACCUGAAGAACUCUUAUUUCUAAGGGAAUCCAAUCAAGCUUGAGAAAAUGAAAUAUUCUUGUGUGUAGUGACUCAACUCAGGAUACUGAAGUCCCUUUUAAACAUCUUAUUUUCCCCUGUAAAAAUAGAAUAAAAAUUAAUGGCAAGCCUGCGCCAGGUGCCUACCCCUCCUAAGCACUUUACACGCACAGUUCAUUCAACCUCACAUGUCGGGAGCAUCAGGGAGCUCGCCAGUCUCUUGAGGAUCACAGGCCAAUUGCUUGUCCUUCCCGACCCAAGCCCCACCCCACAGUGUCUUGCUGUCUUCUGAUUCUACAGGUUUUUUUGGUGGUGAUACAUAACGGGAGUGAAAUCGAAAUCCUCCCUAUUAUUUUCCCUCUUUUCCUGGAGAGCCGUUUUUUGCCCUCACAAUCAUUCAUUACUUCUCUAACUAGGGGGAAGUACUACAAGCCAUCCUCGGGCACUGCCCCUAUGUGUGCUUCCCGGGGGUGGGGCCUUGCUAGAGGUGAUUCUGCUGCCCUAGCAUUGGGAAGCAGGACCAGUGCAUGUGUCCCAUGCAGCCAUGGUACAUGGAAGCUGUCACCUGAGCCAUCGGCCCAGCGCAGCCCAUGUGACCGGAGCUCUGAAGAGGCACACGCAUGCCCUGCACAGGCUAUUAGCACUUGUCGCUUCGCUGUCCUGCUCCACACUACCCUUGCUUGCAUCAGUCAAAACUGUUAUAACUACUUGGAGUCUUUUCUGCAUGAUUGCUCUGUGAGAGAGCUUUAACAAGGGAAUUAAAUUUAAAAUACUCAAAUAUCUAUUUUGUAGUUUAUUACUAGAACCUGCAGCCACUUACUAAGUUGUAUGUAAUAGAGGACUGUGUGUUGGAAAUGAGUAAUAGACAUGAGUCACUCCAUUUUCCCUUCCUAAACUUUGGCCUGCCUACAGAGAGAGGAAAACAGUAUUAGGGCAGCAAAGGCCCAGGCGCCCAGCAAGCUCUGUGGGUUCUGAGAUAGGUCUAGAUGGCUUCAGACCUUAUUCGGGAAGCAGAGUAUCCCCGUCAGAUCACAUAUGUCCUCUACAGUCGCUCUGGCCUGUGGCCUUGCAUGCCACUCUACUGUCUUCCUCCCAGCCCACAGAGCCACUAGAGGCUGAAGCCACUUCACAUCUCACUGGUGUUGAAAAUCAUGAUCAGAAAACCACAGAUAUGUCAAGGUAUCUAUUGCUCUUCCCUUUUCUCUCAUCUGUAUGGGUGCUUGAAUUUGAUGAAAUGUGUUUAGCAAACCAACUGUGUGUUUGUAAUACUGUGAAUUCUUGAGUUUUGCAUUAAGUGUCUCCCCCAUUUUUGUAAUUUGUAGAGAAAUAUGUGCUGGUGUUGGGUGUCUUCCAAGCAUUUUAGGGAAAUGGAGGCUCCAUUCCUUAGGAGUGAAAGCUGGCGCCACUACUUGGCUUUUGUUCUGUCUAGGUGAACUCUCAUAAUUCUUGUUUUACCCUGUUGGAUUUGCACUUUACAUAUAUUUUUGCUCUGUUGCUUAAACAUAUAGCAGCUCUUGCAAAUAAUGCCUAACUUGCCUGCGUUGAGAAAGUGGCAGAUCUACACAUAUCAUAUGCAGAGUUCUCUAGCUGGUGGGACAAAACCAACCACAUGCUCUUAGUUCCUCCAAACGAAUGACAUUACUUGACAUUACUGCCUGAGUGUGUCUUCACAAUAGCAAAAUGGUUUGAGAUUAAACAUUUGGAAUCUUAUAUCAUUUUGUAUGAGGUCAAUCCACCAUAAUGUGUUUCUCAUUUGAUUGUUUUAAUUAUUCCAGAAAUCAUAAAGUCACAAAACUGGAAGGCAUCUUCAGAGAUCUAGAGUGUUCCAAGCAGAAAACACAUUAGUUAUACGGGGCAGUUAGAUAUGACUGAGACGUAAACAAGAGAAAAGAAUGUUUAAGGAGUAGCUGUUCUUGAACAUUACUUAGUAAUGGCAUGAGUGGGAGGAGAGACUUUCAGCGCCUUGAGACAGGGCGCUGUCUGGAACCAGCUUUGUUCCUCUUAUCAGAAGCAUAUAUGACACUUUUUUUGGCUACAGCCCUGUGGUGGGGGAGGUAAUUAUUGCCUUCAUCCACAUAAAUUCCUUCCUAUACAUUCCCCUCAAACCACCCCAGAGGCAAAACUGAAAUGGAAAUCCAGGGGCACUUAAAAUUCACCCUACCCCAUUUGGCUGUGAUUCCCAGGCUUACAGCACUGCCCUUAUGGAAUAUCACAUUUUCAUUUUCUGAGAUUCAUUUUAUAAAAUAUAGGCCAGGUGCCAUGGCUCACAUCUAUAAUCUGAACACUUUGGGAGGACGAGGCGGGAGGAUCGCUGAGCCCAAGAGUUCAAGACCAGCCUGGGCAACACAGCAAGACCUGUCGCUACCAAAAAUGUAAAACUUAGUUGGGUCUGGUGGCACACACCUGUAUUGCCAGCUACUCAGGAAGCUGAAGCAGGAAGAUCACUUGAGCCCAGGAAUUCAAGGAUGCAGUGAGCUAUGAUUGCACUACUGCAGUCUAGCCUGGGCAGCAGAGCAAGGCCCUGAAUAAAGUAUAAUUUAUUUUUGACUGAUAUUAAUCACUUCUUAAGGCCCAAAUUUUUGUUUUUAAGCAAAAGGAUAGCUCUAAGCAUGGGUCACAGUUACUGGACACAAAUAUUCACUAAAUGAGAUUCCUCUGGUUAUGGCUAUUCAUAGAAUUUUAAUUCUAGGUAAGUGUUCUUGUUCACUAAGAUACUUCGAAGUGAAAGAAAGCAUUUUACCAAUACAUUCUUAUUUUUUCUCCUUUAAAAUACUACUGAAUUUUUCCUGGUAUGAAGACAGAUAUUUAUUAACUGGAUUGGAAAACACAGAAGUUAAGUUCCUGUUGAACACUGAGUUCUCUAGAUGAUCCCUGAGAUUUGAAUGUUCAUGUCAACGUGUUGAGCGCUCACCAGCCACCAGGCUUUAGGCACUGGCGGUGCAAGCUGUCUGCAGCCCAUUCUCAGGCUGGGCAGAGGUCACACAGUGAGUAAAUGGGUCUUUUCAGUGCAAUGUGGUCAUAAUAGAGGCAUGCCAGGGUGCCACUAACCCAGCAGGUGUGGCAGGAGGGGCUUCACAGAGGAAAGGACUUUGAGCUCAGUGUUAAAGGAUGAGGAGUGAGUCAUAAGGGGGAAAAAUGGAAAUGACUUUCCAGGCUUCAGAAACAGCAUAAACAAAGGCCUGAGAGCUGGAGUCAGUGUGGUGUGUCCAGGGAUCACAAGUGGGCUGGAGCUGCCGGAGAACAGCCAAGUAACUCAGCUGCAUCCCGGAACCGAGCUUGUUGCUAUCAGAUGCUGUUGCUCCCUGGCCUCAGAGGAAAGCAGCACACGGCUCACUGCGAGGGGUUUCCCCAGAGGCUCCUCCUGCAGCCAACGCUACUAUUAGUUUAUAUUAUAAUAGUAUCAGUUUCUUUUUCUUUGGAAAUCCCUAGAACUGUUAUCUGGAAGUGACCCAGGGUAACUAAUUCUGGAUCUUUGGGUGCACAGCCUCUCACUGGAGUCUGGGAGGAGAAGGUGGAGCCUAUGAGUGCACGGCCUGCUACCAGGAAGGACUCACAGACUAACACCAAAGGUGUGCUGGGCUCAGCUGCUCCACUUUGGAAAAGGAAAGCCCUGGACCUGUGGCAAGAGGGGAUUGUUCUAGUCCAGUGUGGCAUUGCACAGAUAGGCGGGGCCAAGUGUUUGGGUGCAGACGCAGGCAGCUGCUGCCCUCCACUUUCUGCUCUUGCAAGUCGCAGAUGAUUCCAGUACAAUGUGGGGGAUCCUCCUUACAGGGGCACUUGCAAGGGGAAGGCAGAGUUUUGUCAAUUCAGCUACAGGUCUGUCUGGGAGACCUGGCCCUGUGGAGGCAGGAACACCACGCAGGGGGAUGGCAGCGCCUGUCUUUGCUAUCACAUCAUUUGCCUUUUCCUUGUAGGACCCAAAGAUCUAUGUCCAAAACUGAGUCCAGAAACAUCUGUGUUCCUGUUAAAACUUCAGCUCAGCUUCUUAACCAGGAAUCACAUGUCAGCCCUCCAGGGUUGUGGUUUGGAUUUUUGCCUUUAAACAUUAUCUCCUUUCCACCAAGAAGCCUACUUAGCUUUAGCACAUGAAAGCAGUGUCUAUACAUUAGACCAGUCCCAAAUUGGAAUGGGAUAUCUUCCUUGCACGUCCCAUACCAGGGAAUUUUUUUAAGAGCAUAGAGCCUUUGCCAGAGAUGUUGAAAGGGAGAUUAAAGGCUUGAGUGAGGGAUGAAUUUGAUCAUCAUUCUUAAGGUCCCUUCCAAUCCUGUGAUUCUACGAUUCCACGAGUCUCGUUUAUUAUUGGGCGUGCCUAAUCCAUCACCAGUGAGCUGCCCACAUGUUGCUGGCUUCCCUUGGAUACAGGAGGGUCUAUCACCACAUGCCUUUGUUGUCUUCCAUCAUAUCAAGUGAGUUACUUUCUGGACUUUUUCCAUCUACAGCCUACUAGGUUUGGUUUUGGGAAAAGAUGGUAAAGUUUCUUUUCAUGAGGUUGUAGGGGAAAAAUGUUUUUUAAGAUGGUAAGUGUGGAAAUUAAUUAUGGUACCACCUCACUAAAAACAGAUACCUCAAAAUGUUUACCUUUACCAGUCAGGAAGAGUAUCUGACUUUCUUGGAAGUGUCAGGAAUUACAGGUUGGCUGAAAAGUUAGAUUGAGAAUCUGACCUUGAUACUUACGAUUCUUUUUUCCCUUGGUUCUCGGGGAUGCAUGAAAAGGUGAGCUGUCACUCACACAAAAGGGGAAAAUGCUUUGAAAAAUAUGUUUCACAUAUACACUCUCUUUUAUCAUUUUAGUGGAUGGCAGCCUUACAUCAGCAGUAUAUGCCAGUAUGACAUAUGGACCAAAACACUAGUGUCACUUGAAACCAUUGUACUCUUAUGGAUUUGUGUCUUAUACCAUUUGCCUUGCUUUUUACAUGACUUUGUUUUUCAAGGUACUGUCAUUUUGCAAAAUACAUGAAAUGUACAAAAACUGUUACUAACUGGACAACAGGGAAGGUGCUGGCCCCACAUUAGUGCCUGCCUACCACUCUACUUCUAACCAGGGACACGGAUCUUCCAUUCUCUACAUCCACCAGGCUGCAGCCCACAUCUGGACCUGGCUGCAGUGGGCAUGUUGCCGUAUGGCUAUCUUUUUCUUUCUUUUUCUGAAGUGAGAUUAUUCGGGGGGGUCAGGCUGAGAAUGUAAUAAGCCCGACGUUGGAACAGAUUUCUCCCGUGUGGUCUAGCUGGACCCCUCCAGCAUUUACCACGCUCCCUGCCGGUCCUGACACUGACUUCCUGAAUGGGAUUAGGUGGCAAUGAGCAAGAAUUUCCUAGGAUGUUGAAAUGUCUGUAUCCAGGCCUCCAUUCAAAUGCUGCUGAAUAUUGUGAAUGUUUUUUACUCUGCUCACUUUCCCACUGUGCUUCCCUCUAACCAAAAUAUACGUGUAUACAUUACCAAUGUACAACUCUCAAUGCAGAGUUGCCUCCAUGGUUUAAAAUAAAUCUCUGUGAAAACCUUU